AUGCAGUACCAAGAGCUUUUCAGCGUCGCGCAGGCCCUUUCGGGUCCUGGAAGCACCAAGAUGCUGUACUGCAUCAAUCUCAUCCACGGCGGAGUCCUCGAGGCUAUCUUUGCCUUUCUUAUCUGGAGCUUGCCUGGUUGCUUUGGUAUGUUUGGCCUCUCAAUUGGCGUCUCCAACAUCGGCGACACUCUCCCUCGCGCGGUAUACGCCCUUCUAUCGGGCUUGAACGCUGCAACCGUUGGGAUCAUCGCCUUAGCAGCGGUUGAACUCUCGGACAAGGCAAUCACGGAUCAGCCGACGAGACUUGUCCUGUCGAUCACUGCAGCUGCUGGAAUGUUGUAUAAUGCUCUUUGGUACUUCCCUGCACUCAUUGUUGUGGGUGGAUGUUGCAUCGUUAUUUUCGACUACCGUUGGCUGCAUCGCCCGGUUCGAGCUGUGAGGAACGCCGUUCUUCGCGUGAGAAGAGGGAGACCCUCUGAAAAUGAGAACAUCCAAGGAGCUGAGACCGGAACGGACAACGCGAAUGGUUCAACUAUUGCUCUUCGCGAGGAGGUACCAACCGAGCAGAGAGAUGAGGAGCCAAGAGUCGUGCCCCAGGAAUAUCGCCUCAACUUCUCAUGGAAAUCCGGCAGCGCAAUCUUUGCAGUGUUCCUCGUCAGCUUCAUCAUUGUCAUCGCCCUACGAGCUACACUGACCGACGCACCCCUCCUCUACAAGCUCUUUGCGAACUUGUAUCUCGCUGGUACCAUCAUCUUCGGAGGCGGCCCCGUGGUUAUCCCACUGCUUCGCGAGUACAUCGUCGCUGAGGGUUGGGUUACACCGCGCGACUUCCUCAUCGGUCUAGCUAUAGCCCAAGCUUUCCCAGGGCCAAACUUCAACUUCGCUGUGUUCCUCGGUGGUCUUACAGCUGCGAACAAUGGAUACCCUGCUAUCGCAGGAGCGCUGAUCGCCUACCUCGGUAUCUUUGUCCCAGGAAUGGUUCUCGUCCAUGGAACGAUGGGUGUAUGGGGAGUUCUGAGGAGUCGUCGCUGGGUCAAGUCGGCUGUGCGAGGGAUUAAUGCUGGCGCUGUUGGGUUGAUCUACACGGCUGUCUAUAGGAUUUGGCAGGUUGGAUAUAUAGACCAGGGUUUCCAGUCUGGAAAGAGUCUUGCUGAUGAUCCUUGGUGGGUUGUUGUCACUGCAACGGCUUUUGUUGGAGGACGGUAUUUUGGUGUCUCACCGCCAUUGGCGAUUUUGCUUGGUGCUUCGUUGGGGUUGCUGAGGUAUGGCAUUGUUACAGCGUGA